AAACUGGCAGAUGGAAUUUAGGCAAGCUAAAUGCAUGUCUAGAUGCCUCUAUAUAAGAUCAUUGUGGGAAAAGAGACGAUAAAAAAAAAAAAAAAAACUCUCUAUCAUCCUGAAAACACAGAUUGAAAACCCUAGGAAAACUAAAGCGGUUUGCGUCAAUGUCCCUCGCAUCCCCCUUUGCACCUUUAACACACCAUAACAGGCCCUGCGAACAGGUAGGCCUCAGAGAAGAGACUCACUCAGCCUAGGCAGUAGAGCAAAGGCCUCUGAUCGAUCGUGUUCUUUGAAGUUUGAACUCUUGCAGAGUUGCAGAUUUGGUUGAACUCCAGCCUUCAAGGAAUAAGGAAUUGGAGGCGAGCGUAAGUUUGGAAAUUGGAAAAGCGAGCAGUUUGGUUGGGGAUUUCAUCUCUUCCAUCUUGUGAGUUUUGGUCCUAAUUUCAUCUUCUCUUAAUCCUGCAAAUUUAGUGCUAUGAAGGAAUGAUAAGCAAGAAGCAUGAAGCAUUUGAUCUGAAGGAAUGUAAUCGAUUAUGGUACAUAAGUUUGGGAAAGUGCAACUUUAGAUUCUAGCUUAAGUAGUUUAUCGAUAAUCGAGGUACGAUGUAACAAAAGGUACAAUGUGGAUAAACUAGUUUUUCUGCAGACCUUAUAUACAAAGAAAAACAUGUACAACAUAUAUGUAUUUGUUUUUCACAUUCUUUAGCUUACUAAAAGAUUUGGUCUCAUGCUAAGAUGCACCAACCUGACUCAGCUACAAAUUGAGGCUUUCUUGUCUUACAUGGUCAUCAAUACAAAACUUACCUGGGAAAACAUAAGACAUGAUUGGGGAGCAGAUUAGAACAAAACCAAGAGACUCAAAGCAAGUAAACCUGUGAUAAAGCAUAAUGCAUUUAUGCUAAAGAGGUAACUUUCCGAGCUGGGUAGAAUGCUAAUUUUGGUAGCAUGCCGGCUGAAAUAGGUGGAUAUAAGAACUUGAAAAUGCUUGGUCUUGCUAAAAAUGUUAUAGGAGCGGAGUUACCUGAGGAGCUUGGGAUGCUUGGGAGCUUGACAGAUCUGAUUCUGUGGGAUAAUUAGGUACGGGGUUGAUUCCCAAGGAGCUUGAAAAUUGCAGUAGUCUUGUGAUUAUGGUUGUAAAUAACAUUUUUAUCCAAAAUGUUUGUGUAGUGAUCAGUAAUUGUAAAUAACAAAAUCAAUAGCAUAUACCUCUAGAAAUGAUAACAAUUUCUUUCUGGAGAUUAUGGUUUGUGAGGGUGGUGUGUUUCUGUAUCUGCAAAAGAACUUUGUCAAUGUCUGUCCCUAUAUGAAACUUUAACACUAAUGCACAAACAUUUUAAAUUACCAAUUUACCAUAUAUCUAUUCCCCUUCCAUAUACAACGAUACAGAGACUAUGAGAGAAGAAGAUGAAUCACUAUAUGAACAACAAUACAUAGUGUAUGUUUUAUAAAUACAUUUAAAGAUGCAAGUAAAGUAGUUCCAUAUUAUGUAGAAUAGAUAUACUUUUGAGUACCAUAUAUUUGGUUUUUGUCUUUGAUUCUUCUCCUGUACGUGCGAAGCUAACAGAAUCUUCAAAAAUAAUCAAUUGCACUUAUGUUCCUUGCAGUUGCAAAAAAUCUAUCUCCUCUCCUGUCUAUUUAUUUAUUAUUUGCCAAGCAACAAAUCAGCCAUAUGCACUUUGUUCUUAUCCCAAGUAAUAUUUGUUCUUUCAAGCUAUUCUACAUUUUCUACUCUAGAGUUUUAAACAUGAAUAUGAUAAUCUGGAUUACUUGGGAUUGAGAAAAUUAUUUGCUCAGUAAAUUUUCUUUUGAACGUUUUCCAUUGUUGUCUUUUAAGAAUAGGAAUGUUGAUCUAAUAUGUUUCACUUAUGACUACAUGCAUAUAGCCUGAGCUUAGCUAAUUAAUACCCAGAGACUUAGAAAAGAGUAUGCAUAUAAUUCUAGAAUAAGCCUUGGCUGGCUAGCUAUUCUUCGCAUAUGUCCUGAACUUUAAGUAACCUUAGUAAAAAAGGAAUAUGAGGUCUGCUAGCUCCUUCUGAUCAGCACAAGUAUUCUGUAGGCUUUGUUUCGUCACUUUCUUUUUUAGCUGCCUAGCUUUUUAACUUUGCUUUCAACUUCCAUUUUCAUUUUUUUUAUUGUGUUUAGUAACCUUUAAGGAGGUGAAUCUCAGCUGGAUAAUCUUAUUAGGCACCAGAAGGUUGUAUCUUUCAGGCAAUCCCCUUUUAUCUUAUAUUUCUCUUUUGCGUCUGUAUGUAUUUGUAUCUAUGUUUUCUAUGCUUAUGGCUAGGGGAUAAAUCAAAUAAAUGUUAUUUUUGUUUAUAGAUUGACUGAAAUAUGACUUGGUGAACAUGAGGAAGUUGGAAAUUAGAAAUUUAGUAUAAACCAAAAAUGAGUUACUGUUCACUCAGGCCAGAAAUGGAGUGGCGGUUUUGUCCCUGUUGUUUUGUUUAAUUACAGCGUGCCGCUUCUAUAAACUGUAAAUAAAGAAAACGCCUGAUUUGAUAGUGGAUUCGGGAACCUUCGCAAAAACAAAAAAAAAGAAUCACCGACUGAAAGAGAGUUGAAAUUGACAGAGAGAAUGAGAGAGUGAGAGUUCGUUCUUAUCUAUCUCAUAGUCAGAAGAGAGAAAAUUGAAAUCGACAGAAAGAGAGAGUGAGAGAGGGAGUUCGGUUCGAUCUUGGUCUCUGCUGUGGUUCUUCGUCUCGCUUAGAUUGAUAGUGAGGGAGGUUGUUGAUCGGCAUAGACAGGUCUCAAUUUCCGUUUGUUUCCAGCUUGGAGGCAUAAAAGAUUGUAUCUGAAUUGCAAAGCUCUGAUUUUUGGUGUGGGUGGAGGCUUUUAAUUAGAAUUGGAGUCAAGGGGAAGAGUAAUAUUUCGGUCUAGGUUUUGAUCAGGCAGUGUAAACUUCACCAAGAGUGCUGCAACGUAGAACGCCAAAUUGAGGUGCACUACAUGACAUUCUGCGAAUGUUAUAUAAGUUGAAAUCAGUUUUGUAGAUGAAAAACCUAAAUUCAGUUUUAUCCAGUUCUGCAAAUGUUAUAUCACUCAUAUUCCCGCAGCAUCGCGCGGGUGUACUUUCUAGUGGACUUCACCGAUGACCUGCGAUGAGAGAUGGUGCGUCGUCACCGGAGGCCGAGGCUUCGCCGCUCGCCAUUUGGUUCUCAUGCUCAUCCGCCAGAACGUCUUCCAUGUCCGAAUUGCUGACCUCGGCCCCACCAUCGAUCUCGAACCUUCCGAGUCCAACGGAGUCCUCGCCGAUGCUUUGAACUUCGGCCGCGCUGACUACAUUUCCAUCGACCUCCGCUGCAAGGAUCAAGUUCUUCAAGCAUGUCAAGGUGCUGAGGUUGUUUUCCAUAUGGCGGCACCUAAUUCGUCGAUCAACAAUUACCAGCUCCACCAUUCGGUCAAUGUGGAAGGAACUAAAAAUGUGAUUGAUGCUUGUGUUAAGCAGAAAGUGAAGAGGCUCAUAUACACUAGCUCUCCUAGCGUUGUGUUUGAUGGGGUUCAUGGUAUUAUUGAUGGGGAUGAGUCGUUGUCAUAUCCACCUAAGCACAAUGAUACUUAUUCGGCCACUAAAGCGCAAGGAGAAGAGUUGGUAAUCAAGGCAAACGGUGUUAAUGGGCUUCUAACCUGCUGCAUACGCCCUAGCAGCCUUUUUGGACCUGGUGAUAGGUUACUUGUUCCGUCUUUAGUUGUUGCCGCCAGGGCAGGGAAAUCCAUGUUCAUUAUAGGAGAUGGCAAUAACAUUUAUGAUUUCACGUAUGUUGAAAACGUGGCCCAUGCCCAUAUAUGUGCAGAGCGAGCUCUAGCAUUUGAAGGCACAGUUGCAGAGAAAGCUGCAGGACAGGCAUACUUUAUAACCAAUAUGGAACCUAUUAAGUUUUGGGAGUUUAUUUCACUUAUUCUAGAAGGUCUUGGUUAUGAAAGACCAAGGAUAAAAAUCCCUACAGCUGUUAUGAUGCCAAUUGCACAUGUGGUGGAGUGGACAUAUAAGCUUUUAGGCCCGUAUGGGAUGAAGGUUCCACAGUUGACGCCUUCAAGAAUUAGACUUCUCUCUUGCACCAGAUCUUUUAAAUCUUCAAAAGCACAGGAUCGAAUUGGUUACACACCCAUUAUUUCGCUUCAGGAGGGUCUUAAGAGGACAAUUGAGUCAUACCCACACUUGAGGGCUGAACAUCGACCCAAAAGAGAAGGGCCAUCUAAAGCUUCUGUAUAUCUUGGAAGCGGAAGGGUUGCUGAUGCAUUACUGUGGAAGGAUAAAAAACAGACAUUCAAGGCACUGUUAGUUUUGAUUGCGAUCUACUACAACUUCAUUGAAUCUAAAGCUACGAUUAUUACUGUCAUUUCGAAGAGUCUCAUGUUCGCAUCAAUUUUCGUGUUCAUCUCUGGCAAUUUACCAGAAAUGAUAUUAGGAUAUAAACUCGAGAAGCUUCAAUCAUCACAUUUUCACUUCUCAGAAGAGAUGUCACAACAAAUUGCUGCAUCUGUGGUCUCAUCAUGGAAUAUAUCUGUCAAAACUUUAAAAUCUCUUGGGAAAGGAAAUGACUGCAUAUUGUUUCUUAAGGCGGCUGUAUCUCUACUGGUUCUUAGCUUUCUUGGAGCUAUUUCACUUCAGAACUCAUUUAUUAUAGGAGUUUCCACUGCCUUUUUAGUCUUCUAUGUGUAUGAAAAGCAGGAAGAAAAAAUCGAUGGCAUGGUUCUAGAAGUUUUCUCUCGUGGACGCAAAUUGAAGUCCAAUAUACUCCGAAAAUUUAGUACAUCCAAAAGGAUCGAGUGAAUUGCUGAUAGUGUUCAUAGUCUUGCUGCCCGCAUCUUGUCAUUCUGUUAUGCUUGUGUGGGAAUUCAUAAAGAAACGCGUGUUGUCCCAGGCAUUUUCUUUCAUCUUUGACUAAUUCUUGUAACAACAUUGUAUGUCCAUUUUGUGUGAUGCAAAUGGGACCUGAAAAUGCAUGCUUUUCUUAGUUUUCUUUCCUUUAAAUUUUAACUUCACCUACUUUUCA